AAGGUUUCUAGGGUUUAAAUACACCGUUCGCAAACCGUAACAAACUAAUCUUCAAUUAUAAGCUCUUCUCUUUUCCUUCCGCCUCUAAAUAUCACCUUUUGCCCUCUUUUGCCGCUUUGCCCUAAAACUUCAUCCAUGGCUCGUCGUAGCUCCGGUGGAAGAUCUGCUCGUCCAGCUCCACGUGCUGCACCACGCCCUGCCCCUGUCAACCAUGCUCCUCCUCCAGCUAACACUCAGAGUGGUGGUGGAUCUAUGCUUAGUGGUAUUGGUUCAACCAUAGCUCAAGGUAUGGCUUUUGGCACUGGAAGUGCAGUGGCACACAGGGCUGUGGAUGCCGUUAUGGGUCCUCGUACUAUUCAACACGAAGCUGUUGUUAAUGAGGCCGCUGCAGCUGCCCCUGCACCAACUGCUAAUUCUUUUGGUGGUGAUGCAUGCAACAUUCAUUCAAAGGCUUUCCAGGAUUGCCUGAACAAUUAUGGAAGUGAUAUUAGCAAGUGCCAGUUUUACCUUGAUAUGCUAUCAGAAUGCAGAAAGAACUCUGGAUCCUCAAUGAGCAUGUAACUCCCCUUGGCAUGUUUUGAAGUAUUCUUGUGUACUCUGUCUUGGAUGUUUACAACUGGUGAAAGAUAUUAAUCCAAUAAAUUUCUAUUUGACUGGUGACUAACUAUGAAAGUUGCAUCAGUCUAUUGUUUUAUUUCUUAUUGAUAAAGUUGUUUAGUCUCAAAGACCCCUGGUUGUCAGUAUUUUGGGAUAUUGUUUGAACUUUGAAUUGCUGAAGAGUGUCUUUUUUCUCCAGCCCUCUUUGAAGCUAUUCAAAUACACAAAUUUAAUCUAGUAAAACAUUAUAACCUA